AUGACCCUCGCUUAUCAGAAGACAGUAGUAGCCUUGCCUUUUGCGAUCGGUGAGUGUGGAGAAAAGGACAAUCCUUUAAAAGCUGGCGUCGGUCAAGGGCCUACGGAGAUUGGAAGACUAAGCGGCCAGAACUCCGGCCGGAGUGGCUACACGAGGCGGUUCACGGCCAAGCUCAAAGGAUGCCUGGACAAACUAAAUGGGACAUGGGCGUUGGAGCUCUCGGAAAAUGCAGGAAGCAGUCGAGUUUCUUCAGAAGGCAAGAGGAAAGAUUUGAGUUUAAGAAUUUCAAAGGAAGCUCUUGAAGCUUCGGGUCACGACUUCCACGAACGAUCACAUGCAGUUGGGCCGGUUCCGUCAAAAGAAGACUCAGUCCCUUCACCUAAUAAAGGAUCAGUCGAGCUUUCUUUGUUCCUUCAGCCCGGAAGUGUUCUCCAAUACUGGAACUGGGGCCUGAAGAUCGGUGGAAUCCUUCAGCAUCUUUCUUUUCCAUAA